AUGCCUCCUCCCGUCCUAUCAGCUUACAAGCGAGUUGCCCAGCCCAAAGUCGGCGAGAACGGAUAUCAAGAGUGCCAAUGCGGCAAAUCCGAAGUCCUACCCGCCGGCUGGAAUGGCUUCAACGCAAAGCCCUUGAAGUCCGAUAUCCAUAUCGACCACGAUGUUGAAAUUGUCAUGCGGGAUGGAGUACGCCUCUACGCAGAUGUCUAUCGACCAGCUAAUUCGACCGAAAAGAUCCCUGCUGUGCUAAGCUGGUCGUUCUACGGGAAGAAGUACAGCGCCCUUGAUAUGCUACCAAUGUGCGUUUGGAAAUGCUGUGUCCCACCAUCCGACCUGAGUGGCUUAGAGAAGUUCGAAGGUCUCGACCCCGAGGCCUGGUGUCCUCGCGGGUACGCAAUUGUCAGCGUCGAUACCCGCGGCGCAGGCCACAGCGACGGCCAGAUUUGCGUGAUGGGUACACAGGAUGCUGAGGAUGGAUACGAUGUUGUGGAAGCUCUUGCACAGAUGGAUUGGUGCAAUGGGAGUGUGGGUAUGGCCGCCAAUUCUGCACUUGCAAUCUCACAGUGGUUCAUUGCGGCCCAGCAGCCUCCAUCUUUGAAAGCCGUUGCGCCCUGGGAGGGGUCUGGUGAUCUCUUCCGAGAGCAGUUUUGUCGUGGGGGUUGCUUCUCCACGCAACUUUGA